UUCCCGCUGAUUGUGUUUUGGCGCUAUACCCUCCCAUCUCUUUCGCUGUUCUAUACUUGGUGGACGGAGUGGUGGUUUUAGGUGGUUUCCCUCUUUGUUUCAGAGCGACAACUUGCUGCUACAAUUCAAAGUUCGAUCAAAACUGGGCUGAGGACUGUGCGACUGCUACUAGUGGUUUUCCACCAUCGGUAGGCUCUGAGUUGGUGGUUUUUGGUGGUGCUCCUUUACAACAGGCUAUAUACAAUAUGAAUGCUGGUAAAGAUAAUACAAGUCGUGGUGGUGGUCGUAGUAGUGGUAGUGGUGUUGGUAGUGGUCUGCGUGGAGGAAAGACAAAACAAGUUUCAAGGAAACGCAUUGAUUGUGGCAUUGUUAUUCGGGAGCCUGAUCUUAGUAGAGGUGAUGGUGAUGCUGUUUCUGGGAGACAAAGAUCCCAAAAAUUGGAUCCAAAACAUCCCAAUGGGAAGGCAACUGUUGAGAAACCUACUAUAUGGACUAAAGGGCCGUAUUUGAUGGUACGACCUCCAAAAGGUCCUUCAAUUUCAUACCGCAGAGGUGUAAGGGGCAGUUAUCAUCGUAUGGGUGAGGGUGAUCCAAUGGCUGAUUUAGGUGGGACGUUAAAUAGUUUGUCAGCAGAUAUUCUUGAUGAUAGGGAUGGUACAACGUUACAAGAUUUGUCACGUGAUCUCCUUGAUGAUGGCGACAAUGAUGAUGAUGAUGCUGGUGACGACGGUGAUGACGUUGGUGAUGAUGGUUACAAUGGUGACGAUGGUGAUGGUGUCAGUGAGGACGAUGACAACUUUGAGGGUGACGGUGACGACUUUGAGGGUAGUGGUGACGACUUCGAGGGUGGUGGUGACGGUGAUGGGAGGCAAUUCAUACAAAGCAAUGGGAAAAAGUUUGUAGACUCAAAGGUACAUAGACGUGUAAAGGAAAUACUUGAACAAUGUCUUGAUGGAGAUUGGGUCACGUUUAAAACGAUCCCCCAAAACGUAAAGAAGCGCAUGUUUGACCGCUUCCGGACUAUGUAUAGGUGGGAUCCAAAAGCACACCAGAGCAUACGUCAUUCGUUUAUUUGUGUGCUCAAGGAUCGAUUUAGAGGCAUAAUGAGCGAUAUGAGGAAAAGUUCUAAAAAGAAAGCUUUAAAGGCGAGGGAAGAUAUCCCCGAUGUCAGAUACAAUUUUAAGAUACAAUGCAAAUAUCCGCCCAAUGGAGUGCCUCGUAGGAAAUGGGAACGUAUGUGUAUGUCUUGGAACACUAAAGAUUGGGAAAAGAAGUCCAAAGCAGGGAGAGAAAACCGGAAGAAUGACUUAUGUCGUCAUACAGGCGGGUCCAAAGGGUUUGACGAACACCGUCGCAACUUGGAAAAAAUAAAGGGUAAAAAGGUUGGAUUCGCGGAAGUAUUACUUCAUACCCACGCCACCAAAGAGUGUAAAAAGAGAUUAAAUGAUGGGGAGAUCAGUGCAAAUGACUAUGAUAAGUUAAAGUUUGUUACCGAUCGUUCAAAACGUUCAUAUGUCUCCUACAUGAAAAAACUUGAAAAUAAAUAUGGGAACACGGAUUGCGAUGAUAUGGAACUGUGGGAGAGUCUGCAUCCCGAGUGUCAGGGUCGUCAGUUGUUUGGGGUAGGAUCUUCUGAUCCACAUUUUGUGUUGACUGGAACAACAUCUUCCACAGCUAGUGUGUCAGAUACUCGACAAUCGCAUGAGCUCCAAAAAGUUCAAGCUGAACUAGGAAAGGAACGAGAGGCUCGACAAAACAUUGAAGCCCGUUUUGAACAAUUUGAACAAGAGCGGGAACAAGAAAGGGUUGAACGUGAACGAGAGCGGGAACAAGAACGUGUUGAACGUGAACGAGAGCGGACCGAACAUGCUCGAUGGCAGAAAUACAUGGAAGCAAAGUUUAAUAAAUUCGGAAAAAAGUAAUUUUUUUAUGUAUGUUAAAGAUCAUGUUAGUUUUGUUACAAAAACGUGCAUUUUGUUUUUUAUUCUAAGACUGUAAACAUGUUUUUUUUUUGUUGGAAUCUUUAGGAUUUUCUGCAAUUUAUUUAAAAGAAUUUGGUUUUCAA